GCAAAAUCUAGGCUGGUGGGUCUCCGAUAGAACAGCUCCGUUUGAAACCUCUGAUAUAAACUAAAUUGCUGAAUUUUAUCUUUUCCUACGUACAUAGCAGUGGUUUCGAACAGAUACUGGAGGAGCAGCGCCUAGCCAGUGACUUGGUUAGUUCGGAAUUGGCGUGCACGGAGAACGUAGUAAGCGGGUUUUGCGGUCCGUAACCGCGUAUUAUAAACAAUCUUAGUUAAUUUGCCCGCAGUGUGCAUUUUUUGGUAACGUGGUCAUAACUUCCAUAAGAAACAUGCUACUUUCUUUAUUUUUGUUGAAACUUCUUCUGUUCGUGUGAGGUCCUAGUGCAUUCCUGCAACGUUCAGCGCAUUUUAUGCAGAUAAUAUAAACCAUCUCCAGGGAAAUAAUUACGAGCCUUUGAAAAAAAAAAUUAGAAAGUUUUCUAAGAGACAUGCGCUUGGUUUCUAGUAGGCUUUGGAUUAAAUUCGAACAAGAUCGUUAAGAUUGGAGAUUAAACUCGUCCCAGCCCAAUGAUUCCUAACAAAACAUAUUCCAAAAAUGGGAUUCUGUGCGGAAGCAUUUAGGAUAUCGUUCAGCAGACUAAAUUGAACGUAGUAUAUUCAAAGGCAAUGAUAAUCACAUGAUAUUAGCAACCAACAUAGGAAGUUACUUGCAUUGACAGUGUCCAGCCGAAUUUUGUAGAUUAAGUGUUUUAUUGGUGAAUGUAUCUUAAAAAUAAUUUAUAAAUCUGCAAAAAUGACAUCGUUACCACAUCCUUUCAUCAACCACCCGGAACUCAUUGAUAUCCCGGCGGAGAUGCUUCCGGCAGUGGAAGAAAUUUCCAAGUGGAUUAAAUCUCAACCUCGAUUUCCAGUUUUUUCAAAAAAUCACGCCUAUUUGUUUCUGCAUGCCUGCCAUGGGGACAUUCCAAGUGCGAAGAGGGCUCUAUUGCGAUACAUACAAAUACGCGCCAUAGCGCCUGAUAUUUUCGAUGGCCGAGACAUUAUGCUGGAGGAGAUUCAAUUUGUGUUUGACAUGACGCAUAUGGUAGCAUUACCUUUUAAGACACCAGAGGGAUAUAAUAUCCUUGUAUAUCGACUUUCCGAUUCAGAUCCAUCUAAAAUGCAUUUUGGAAACGCUGUUAAAGCAUUUUGCAUGUUCAAUGAUGUUCGCAUUAGUGAAGACGUCAUAACCGAAGGAUACGUGGUUGUUUUUGAUAUGAAAGGAUUGCGAUUUGGGCACUUGGCACGAGUUCAAUUUGGUCCGUUGCGAAUGUUCAUGCAGUAUAUCCAGGAGGCACAUCCUGUGCGACUUAAGCGAAUCUACGUUGUGCACACAUCGUUCUUUAUUAAUCAAAUCAUGACGUUGGUGAAGCCACUCAUUCGUCACGAGCUUCUAUCGUUACUGAAGUUCACGUCAUCUGGACCCGCUGAUGUCCUACCUGCAGAACUGUUACCAGUGGAUUAUGGUGGUCCCUUGGAGCGACUUGAGAAGAUGCACAAGAAGCAACGUCGCAUGCUCGAAACCAAAUAUCGUCAGUGGUUGAUAGAUUCCGCUCGUCUGAAGGAAAUCCCCAAGGAAGAAAGGGGGAAGACAGCUACUACGACUAAAGUGAGUAACACAAUUGGUGCAUCGAACAAACUCGAAUUCGACUGACUGACCUUGCAUCAAUGUGUGUAAAAUUAAAUAGUGACAUGUUAUAAGUGCAAUUGUUAGAAGUUGUAUGCAAAUUCAAUUUUAUUUAAAUGGAGCGGUUCAACUAGUAAAUAAAAUUUAAAUUUUUUACACGAAG